UGCUAUGCAAAUACAUACCGUAUGCCAUUCAGCAGCAGUAUAAAUACGUACAAGACCUCUAUAUAUAAUCUAUCUCAUCAACGGGUCAUAUCAUACUCCCUCCUCCCUCGAUCACAAGCCGGUCAGUAGAGCAGGGAGCGCAGAGCGGCUAGAUCGCUCUCCCUCCGUAGUCCGUAGCAGGCUAGCAGCUAGCCACCCACGAUGUCGAUGCGCUUCGCCAUGGCAACAAGUAGCCAAGCUUCCUCCGGGCCGACCACUCGCCUCGCCGUCCGCUUCGGCUCCGCCACGAUCGACACCACGGUCACCCGCGACGCCGCGGCCGCCGACGAGUGGGUCCGCGCCGUGCGCGCCGCCCACCCGCGCGGCGGCGGCCCCCUCAUCGUCGGCCUGGACUGCGAGUGGAAGCCCAACUACCGCAGCUGGACGACCUCCAAGGUGGCCAUCCUCCAGCUCUGCGCCGGCGCGCGCUGCCUCGUCCUCCAGCUCUUCUACGUCGACCGCGUCCCGGCGUCCGUCAGGAGCCUCCUCGCCGACCCCGGCGUGUGGCUCGUCGGCAUCGGCGUCGGCGAGGACGCCGCGAAGCUGGCCGCCGACUACGGCCUCGCGUGCGCCGCGCCGGUCGACCUCGAGUCCCGCUGCAACGACCGCCUCGGCCGCUGCGCCGGCGGGAGGAGGCUGGGGCUCAAGGGCUUCGCCAGGGAGGUGCUGGGCCUCGCCAUGGAGAAGCCCCGCAGCGUGACCAUGAGCAACUGGGAGAAGCAUGACCUCGACGAGGCCCAGAUCCGGUACGCGUGCAUCGACGCGUACGUGUCCUACAAGCUGGGCGAGAGGGUCCUCACCGCCAACUAAUAACUGAAUGGAUCAGAGGAUCAACGGUGUGGCUAUCGUCGGAUCACUUGCAUUGUCGUGUUAUCUGCUUCGGUCGUGUUAUUUGUUUGCCCUAU